UUGGACUCCAUAAUCGUAGUGAUCUUCUCUAAUGACUCUGAGUGGGGAUGGGUUGGUGGUUGUGCUCGAUGGUCUUGGAAGCCUUUUCCAACACCGUAACGAUUCCCUGACUCUGUGCCCCACUGACUGCACUCUGCCUGCAGGCUCCGAUGACGGCACGGUGCGCUUCUGGGAGGUGAGCACGGCGCGCUGCAUGAAGACCUUGCCUGUGGGCGGCGUGGUGAAGAGCGUCGCCUGGAACCCCAACCCCACCGUCUGCCUGGUGGCCGUCUGCGUGGAGCAGUCGGUGCUGCUGGUGAACCCGUGCCUUGGGGACAAGCUGCUGUAUGGGGCCACUGACCAGGUGCUGGAGUCCUACGUGCCACCAGAGGAGGAACGUGUGCAGCCUGUCCAGUGGGUCACAGCCACCAGCGAGGAGCACAGCAGAGGCAUCCGCUUGACAGUGCAGCACAGCAAGGCCUUGAAGCAAGUGACCUGGCACGGGAAGGGCGAUUACUUCGCCACCGUUGUGGCCGACAACAGCAACAUGCAAGUGCUGAUCCACCAGACCAGCAAGCGCUGGAGCCAGAAUCCCUUCCGCAAGAGCAAAGGCCUGGUGCAGUGCGUCCUCUUCCACCCCAUCCGGCCCUAUUUCUUCGUGGCCACGCAGCGCUACGUCCGCGUCUACAACCUCCUCAAGCAGGAGCUCACCAAGAAGCUGAUGGCCAACUGCAAGUGGGUGUCCAGCAUGGCCAUCCACCCCGCAGGUGACAACGUUAUCUGUGGCAGCUACGACAGCAAGCUGGCCUGGUUCGACCUGGACCUCUCCACCCGCCCCUACCAGCUGCUGCGGUGAGCCCCGGCCCCCCAGGGCUGCCCCCAUCCUUCCCUCCCCGUGCUGCAGAGCUCAGGACCUCACACAGGUUUUAUUAUUGCCAUUUUCCAAAGCACUGACCUUCGGAGUCAGCUUUGUUGAAACGCACAUAGGGUUGAAGCAGAAGGUGCCAUUGAUGAGGGUCCCUCAUUUCCCAGCGCUGCCUCUUGCACUCAGGGUCCUACAGACACCCCACUGAUCUCCAGUGAGGAUAAGCACCCUGUUCCAGCUCCCAGUUAAUCCAUACAUUUACUUCAGUGAUAAUCACAAAGCAUCUUCGUCAUCUUUCAGUUAUCACAGACUGAACUCCUUGUACAAAGAGCCCGAGUGACAAACACAGGUUAACCCGAGGCAGGGGUUUCCCAGAGAGAAGUGAUAAUUAUCUUUAUAUGGUUUUGUUCUGCUGCCUGGCCCCUAAUUGUAGAAGCAAUAAACAAGGAUUUAGUGUCCCGUAGAAAUAAAUAAUCAAAAUACAAGCUAGAAAGCCCCAAAUCUGGUACUUUAGGAGCAGCAUUUCUGUAGGCACACUUUAUGGUCUUUAAGGACCCUUCCAACCCAAUGCAACUAUUCUAUGGCUCUGUGAUCUUUAAGGACCCUUCCAACCCAACCCAACCCAACUCAACCCAACCAUGGUUCUAUGAGCUUUAGGGACCCUUCCAACCCAACCAUCCCACGGCUUUAUGAUCUUUAAGGACCCUUCCAACCCAAUCCAACCCAACUCAACCCAACCAUGGUUCUAUGAGCUUUAGGGACCCUUCCAACCCAACUAUCCCAUGGCUCUGAGAUCUUUAAGGAUC